AUGUCUGUCGAAAUCUGGCCUCGAAUUGCGCCAGAAGAACUUAAGGUCGCCAUUAGGGAAUCUGAAGAACGCGAACUCGGCUGGCUUGUUCAAGAGCUCCACGAAACCCUCACCAACCUCAAGCAUGGCCUCGAAGAUUGCUAUGCGCUGCUUGCGCCCAUCGAUCCCGGAUCUACUCUGGUGUUGAGCACCCCUCGAAAUGAGAUAGUAAAGGGCACCAUCACCCGUGUCGGAACGCGCAUUGUCAAGGGGACCAUCCACCUUCGUCUGCGCACCCUUCCUCAGCAAACGAUUAGCAUCAACCCCGACCAUCCAAUACACCUCGGCCCGCUUACUACCCUCCACACCUUGCUUACCCACUCGAUCGACCUCCUCAACUUGACCCUCAGUUACUCGUACCCAACCGAGUCCUCGCCAACCUUGGACAAGAAUACAUCCUCCCCCCAGUUUCUGUCGGCCCAGCUGCGCCUCCUCUCGCAGUCCUUUACAGAGUCCCUCGCCAUUCUCAAAGGGCCGCCUCUUCUCAACUCGGAUCCCUCUUGGACCUCUCGCUCCGCAGCGCCCUCCCACUUCAUCCCGCCCUUGACCAUCCCCUCCAACAGCUCGCACAACCAGUCCUCCCAUCCUUGCCUGUCCUUCCACCUCACCAUUCAGGACUCAAGUUUGGUCCUCUGGCUCCGAACCCUCGAACCCGCCCACGCCCCUGUACACUUUAGCACUAAGCUUGCCCUCGCCAUUGGCACCGCCCGCCGUCUCGAACACGACGAAGCCGAGCGGGUUUUCGGGUACUGCUGCACAGGUGGCGACUCGACUGGGCUACCGCACAUUCACAAUAGCAACCACGAUCCAAACAUUCCCUUGGCGCCGGUGCUCUCAGGCACCCGAAGAAAAGAGGUCGAGGUGUAUGUGAGGGAAAAGGUCAGGGUCGAGAGUGCGGAUCCCAGUCUCAUGAGUUUGACAGCCAAGCUCACGGCUCUGACGCAUACGCUGAGCUUGGCGAGGAGGAAUCUGGCAGCUGUCAUGGGGGAGGAAAUGGAGGAUUAG